AUUCCGGGCAAGCUCGUCAGCACAGAACCGACAAAACACCGUCGAUGAUGUCAGUUGUACUCCGAGUGGACAAGUCAGAAGAUCUCGGAGAGAAACUCCUCUCGCGGCUCCGGGGCGGUGAGCCUCAGAGCGAUACGAUCCAGUUCAUUUGUGGUGAUUCCACAACUCGUGAAGCUCACACGGCUGUUCUCGCCGUACGGUCGCCGUACUUCGCCAAAGUGCUGAAAGACGUGCCCCCGGGUCAAACGGUCGAAGUGGAUUUUUUCGGUGAAGUUAUGGAUCUCAUCUUCGAGCACAUUUAUACGGGCAAGCCGCUCAUUGUACGAGUGGAGCAAACUGUCGAGCUCUACGCCGCGGCCACAAAGUUUCAUUUAUACGAUUUGAAGGAGGAUAUUCGAAAGUUCUUGCUACAGUCGAUGGACAAAUGUCUGGAAACCGAAAGUUUCCUCAAGCACGAUAAAGUUGACGACGUAUAUCAACUCACCGAUAUAUUCAAUCACCCCGAGCUCAAGUGCGACCGGAUCUCUUUGAUUCAGCGCAUCACACAGUGGGCGCUACGGACGUCCAUAGAAGACAUCAGACCAAUCGUGGACACGAUAUCGAAGCCGGACCAGCCAUCGAGGAGAGCUGUUCGGAAUUUCCGACGCAUUUUGAGCCCCGUUGCGGUCUUCGCACAUGUUCUGAGGCGCUUGAUCCAAUGGAGCGGUAGAAAUUGGAUAUCUGUAUCGAUAGUAUCAUUCAUCGCAAUUCUCUUGCGAGACGAGAGGAUCUGUCUGAGAAUGAUGAAUUGA